UCAAGUUGAGAAUUGAAGUGGGGAAGCUAACUAUAUUAUUUUUUAUUCCAGAGUUGGUGCAGAUGCAUGGUCCCUUAUGUAUCCCUCAGUACCUGAUAAGUUGCGGAGCUUAUAUAAUGAUGGAUACAAGUUGGUUAUCUUCACAAAUGAAUCUAACAUCGAUCGCUGGAAGAAGAAAAGACAGGUAGCAGUGGACUCUAAAAUUGGACGCCUCAACAACUUCAUCAAACGUGUAAAGGUUCCAAUGCAGGUUUUUAUAGCGUGUGGGUAUUCCAGUGGUAAAGUAGAAGAUCCCUUCCGCAAGCCCAAACCUGGCAUGUGGCGGAUCAUGGAGAAACAUUUUAACUCUGACAUUUCAAUCGAUAUGGACCAAUCUUUUUAUGUUGGGGAUGCGGCAGGGAGAAUCAAUGAUCAUAGCGAUGCUGACUCAGAAUUUGCAAAGGCCAUUGGACUGAAGUUCUUUGUCCCUGAGGAUUACUUCUGCGCUUAGAAGAUUUUGGUCAUCAGUACCUGGUGCAAGUGACUACCACAGUGAUCCAAAUCAGAAUUGUACUCGUUCCCUGGGCAUUCAAUUAUCAGACUUUAUAUUAGUAACUUGAGACAUCUGCUGAUUUGCUUAUAUGUUGUGGAUUAACUCGUACUCUCUCUCUCUCUCUCUCUCUAGUAAUGAUCUACUGAAAUUUGUACAAUUAAGAUCAAAAUGAAGGUGAUUAGUUCAGAUAUGAAUUGCCAGGAUAUAUAAUAUAUUAUAAAGCCCCAAUCCCAAAUUUUUUUGCUUA